AGCGCAAGGCCACGUCACUCCCAUGCUCAAACUGGCCUCAACCCUCCACUCCCACGGCUUCGAUCCAGUGCUUGUCACCCCGGAAUUCAUCCACCGCAGGAUCUCUCCCCCGGUGGAUAGGAAGACGGCGGAGGUGAUCACGUAUGUCCCAAUCCCGGAUGGCUCCGGCGCCAGUGAUGGCACGUCCCGCGACUUCUUCUCAGUCGAGAAGGCCAUGGAGGACAUCAUGCCGGUCCACCUCGAGCGGCUCGUGAGCGGGCUCGAUGUGUCAGACGAUGGCAUGGCGCUAAUGGUGGUCGACUUGCUGGCCUCAUACGCAAUCGAGGUGGGGAACCGGUGCAGGGUCCCGACUGUGGGGUUCUGGCCUGCCAUGCUCGCGACCUACAAGCUGGUCACGGCCAUCCCGGAACUCGUCCGAGAAGGUCACAUUUCCGAUUGCGGAUUACCACAGAAGAAGAGUGAAUUACGUCAAAAGCCCACGUUGACUACCCACGACCUGCCGUGGCUGAUCGGGCCAGUCAACGCCCGACAAGCAAGAUUCAAGUUCUGGACUCGGACUCUUCACCGGUCGGCAUCUCUCCGGUGGCUACUGGUCAACUCCUUCCCUGAGGAGGAAGAUGAAGCUCUGAUCCAGUGCUCCAUAGACCACCCGAUGAUCAUCCCCAUCGGGCCGUUGACCAGCCCGUCCCCCGUGACCAAGAAUCCUAGCCUCUGGGAAGAAGACGACACCUGCCUGACCUGGUUGAAGAAUCAAGAACCGAACUCAGUGAUCUACGUCUCGUUCGGCAGUUGGGUCAGUCCCAUGGGACGCGACCAAAUCGCCAACCUCGCCAUCUCGCUCGAGUCGACGGGGCGGCCCUUCCUGUGGGUGCUCGGGCCAUCCUGGUGCGAGGGCUUGCCGCAUGGCUUCCUGGAGAGGGUCCGCAGCAAGGGCAGGGUCGUGUCGUGGGCCCCACAGGUGGAGGUCCUGCAGGACGGCGCGGUGGGGUGCUACUUGACGCACUGCGGAUGGAACUCGACGGUGGAGGCAGUGCAGUGCGGGCGGCGGAUGCUGUGCUGGCCCGUGGCGGGGGACCAGUUUGUGAACUGCAAGUACAUCGUCGAGUCGUGGCGGGUUGGAGUGAGGCUGGGCGGGUUCAGGGAGAGGGAGGUCGAGGACGGAGUGAGGCAGGUCAUGGACGACGGCGAGAUGGGGGUGAGGUUGGCAGAGCUGAAGGAGAGAAUGAUGACGUCGAAGGCAAGCUCAAAAGCAGCGGCUAAUAUGGCAGGCUUUCUCGAAGAUCUCAGGAGAAUGGCGGAGGAUGAUUCUCUGUAGUUACUUAGCUGGAAGCUUGGAACAGUAAUCGUUUUCGUUAUAGUUGUCUUCAUAGGGUUUUGAGUUGAUCAUCUUUGUUUAAAG